GAAUCCUGCGCGCUAUCGUGUCGCUUCAGCUCACAGCUCGCUCGGAGCUAUUUCCCAGCCUUGCUGGUGGUGUAUACCCAGCUGAAGAUUCGUUGUCGUGUUAUACGAUGGAGCCCAUCUGAUCCCUUACGCCGACUAUCUUACACCCAACUCUAUCUAUGCGGUGCCCACGGUCCGCACUCGACAAUUGAGUUCAGAUGGCACGGCCGGACAGGCGCAUGAACCUGGCCGUAGCGAGGGUCAUUCCUCCGAUCUUGCUAGGGAUCGUCAUAUAUGCGGCGUAUGCUAUCACAAAGCCGUUAUGCAUCGACUAUCUUAUCAAUCCGCUGCCGAAAUAUCACCACCGCCGACGGGUGGGCGCUGGCGCUGCCAUCAUUGCGGUAUUCUACGUCCUUUUGAUACCCGUGUUGGGCACGUACCUCCGACUAUUAUAUAAUGUUAUGUGGGCCCCGGGGUUCCUGCCUCGAGCCACCCCGCUGAAUCCGGAUCCACAGCCGGCCGACGAGACGUCGAAACGUCACCACCACCGAGGAGGUCCCCGGAGGAAGAAGAGUCGUCGGCGAUCGAGGACAACGGAGAAGGCGGACCGGCCCGAUGUGGAUCUGGAGAGCGGGCUCCAGUAUAGCCCGGCCAGUGAUGGCGCAUUCUCCACUGACACGGAGGGGUUGGAAGAUUUCUACACGAAGGAUGUGUUCGUCUGCCAGCCCGACGGAAGACCGCUUUAUUGUUCGACCUGCCGUCGGUAUAAACCGGACCGGGCGCACCACUGUCGCGAGGUGGACCGAUGCGUUCCGAAGAUGGACCACUUUUGCCCUUGGGUCGGCGGCGUGGUGUCUGAAACUUCGUUCAAGUUCUUUAUUCAGUUUGUAUUUUACACGAUGAUCUUCUGCUCCUAUUGUUUGAUCGUCUGCGCCGUCUUCACGGCAGAGCUCAAACGAGAGACCGGCGCAGCCAAUGCCCACUGGGCGGUUGCUAUGGGACUGGCGGGCCUUUUUGGAUUUUUCACCUUCGGCAUGACCCUCAGCUCCCUCCAACUCGCGACGUACAACCUCACAACCAUCGAGAACCUCAACCGUCGCUCGGCAGUUUGGACGCUCGCCAUACGCAUCCCAGAGCGGAUCCUCGCGAAACUCGGCCCGAAUUCCCAAUGGGCCCCAACCUACCACACAGUCACCUAUCCUCUCCCACCCCUGCCAUCCCCCAUCCCACUGCCACAACAACCACCACCCGCAGACAACAACACGCCCGCACCGCCCGACUCCGAGCCCCGGCACCCCCCUCCAGCAGCAGCACCCACAACACUCACCCCAACAGUCCCCUACCCACCCCCAGAAAAGCAAUACGUCUUCGCAGUCCUACAGACCCUCCCCGGCGAAAACCCCUUCGACCUCGGCAGCCCGAUCGCAAACCUACAGCAAGUAAUGGGCUACACUCUGCUCAGUUGGCUCCUACCGAUCAAGCACAGCCCGUGCGCUGACCACCACCGCCGCCCCGAAAGCGUCUUUGCGCUCGGACCGGUCGUCGACCGCCUCAAGCGCGAGGCAGGGCUUGAAGCGCCCGAUUCCCCCGCGCCCGACGGGGGAGCGCGUAAGCCUGGUCAUAGACACCGGCACCGGAGGAGUCAUAGGCGGGAUGAGAAGUGAUUUGAUUGAUUACUUGGACUAAAUUGGUUCUUGCAUAGGUUUUGGUGUUCUUCUUCUCUUCUUCUCUUCUUUCCAUCCAUUCUUCCAUCAAUUCUUCCAUCAAUCCAUCAUCAAUCCAUCCAUGCAUACACACACCCUACACAAUUACAUACAGGCACGCAUACAUACAUACAUACAUACCCCCGGUUUGGUUUGGUCUGGUUUGGUUUAGUGCAUCUUAUCUCAUAAAGCUCAGGUUAUUCUAUUCUAUUCUAGUCUAGCAUGGUCAGGCUAGCUGACUCACUUGAGUCAUGCAGUUCGUGAC